AGCGCGUUCAAACAAACUCUUCAGCUUUAUAUAUUAGUAUAGAGUAUAAGAAACCUAAAACUGUAUCAUCUUUACUUGUAACAGUUAUUAUAGAGUCAGUGUGUGUGGUGAAGUGCUGAAGCAAGCUUCCACCAGUUUCCACCAGUUACUACGUAAAUCGGCAAAGUGGCGAGCGGAGACAUGGAUGAGGAGUGCGAGGAGUCCGUGUACAGCGCGGGCACUGCGCGCCACCGGCCCGAGCCGCCCGGCGCGCUCGCGCAGGCCACGCGCUUCUCCGCGCACGAGAUCAAGCUCAUGUACCGGGGCUUCAAGCAGGAGUGCCCCUCAGGCGUGGUGGAUGAAGAAGCCUUCAAGAACAUCUUCUGCCAGUUCUUCCCGCUCGGAGACGCGACGCAGUACGCUCACUACGUGUUCAAGACCAUCAAGCACAAGCAGAGCGGGAAGGUCAACUUCGAGGAGUUCCUGGACAUUCUCUCCCGCGUGGCUCGCGGCUCGGUCCAGGAGAAGCUGUCCUGGGUGUUCACGCUGUACGACGUGGACGGCGACGGGCGCAUCUCCCGCGCGGAGAUGCUGGCGGUGGUGCAGGCCAUCUACGAGCUGCUCGGCCGCGCCGCCGCCCCGCCCGUGCACAACACCGCCGCCAAGGACCACGUGGACAGGAUCUUCCAUCUGAUGGACACAAACUGCGACGGCGUAGUGACGCCGGACGAGCUGGCGCGCUGGUGCAGCCGCGACCCCGCGCUGCUCAGCUCGCUGCACACCAUGGACACCGUCUUGUGAUCCACGCACACACGCAGCGCCGAGCACAGGUCGGACUCGGCGCGUGCGUCCUGCUCUACAGCAGCAGAUAACUGUUCUCCCUCUUCGACCACGCUACCUCUCGCUCACUCCUCCAGCUUCGUCCCGCCGCCGCAACAGAUAGACAAGGAUAGAACCAGCAUCGAGAGCUACGCCCCGCAGAUACACCAGCACAAGGAGAAGACUCGACCUGCCGAGAGUUACACGUCAGUGGAGACACACGAUGAGAACAAAGAUAGGAGUAUUGGAGAGAGUGAGAGUGAGAGCGGGAUAGAUAGCGGCGCGGCGAGCUCGUCCACUAGCGGAGUGAAGAGUGCGGUCAGUAGCGGGAUAGGGGGGGUGGAGGGGGGCGAGAGGAAGAAGCAGCCGCCGCCCGUGCCCGCCAGGGUCAUCGCCUGUGUGAGUAGUGGGUUUCAUGCAAAUUAGGAAC